GUAUAAGCCGAGUCUCUGAGAUGGAAAUCCAGCACUCUGUCCCGCUCCCUCCCCUCCACCUCCCACGCUCCUCUCCCCAACGGAAAGUCAGAGCCAUCUGCACCUGCAGCCCUCCUGAGCCCUGCCCCCACCCACUGCCCACACUAGCAGCCCAGGGUGGAGGCUCACAGGGGCCCCAGCCCUAAGGAUGCUGGGCGGGGCCAGGCUAGCUGCUAGCACAGGCUGGCUGGCUGGCUGCUGCGGGUUGCUCAGUGCUUCUGCGGAGAACAGAGAUGGAUAUGCAGCAGAGGAAGCGUCUGGCUGGCCUCAUCCUGGCUGUCACUCUUCUUCAAGGUACUAUGGCCUAUGUGAGAGAAGUAAAAGUGGAUGACAAUCGAGAAGAUGGUUCUGUAAUUCUGAUUUGUGUCACGGAUGAAAAAAAGAUCACAUGGCUUAAAGAUAUGGAAGAAAUAAGUUCUGGAGACACAGAUAAACUUACCUGGGAUCUUGGAAGUAGUACCAAAGACCCUCGAGGAAUAUAUGAAUGUAAAGGGUCAAGUAACGAAUCAAAAUCACUCCAAAUAUAUUAUAGAAUGUGUCAGAACUGCAUUGAACUGAAUCCAGCCACUGUGGCUGGCUUUAUCUUCACUGAAAUCGUCAGCAUUUUCCUCCUUGCUGUUGGGGUCUACUUCAUUGCUGGACAGGAAGGAGUUCGCCAGUCAAGAGCUUCAGACAAGCAGACGCUGUUGAACAAUGACCAGCUCUACCAGCCCCUUAAGGAACGGGAAGAUGACCAAUACAGCCACCUGAGGAAGAAGUGAACCUAAGACUCAGACUAGAUUUGCCUUUUCUGGAAAAAUGGAAUCAUAUGGAUGUUCUGGACAUUCUCGUGCCAAGUCUUCAUGUGGACAUAUGUUUUCAUUUCUCUGGGUUGCUACCUAGGAGGGAAGGAUUGCUGGGUGGUAUGGUAAAUUUAUAUCAGUUUAAGAAACUGCCAAAGUGUUUGCCAAAACUGGCUGUUCCAUUUUACAUUCCCAGCAGCAAUAAGUGAUUGGGGUUCCUCUUUCUCCUCAUCCUCACAAAAGUUCGUUACUAUCUUUUUUAGUAUAGCCAUUCUAGGGGAUGUAAAACAGUAUCUUAUUAUGGCUUUAAUUUGCAUUCUCAAAUGACUAAUGAUGUUGAACAUCUUUUCAUGUGCUUAUUGGCUAUUCUCAUCAUAUCUUUAGUGAUGUGUGUAUUCACAACUUUUAAAAUUCAGUUAUUUGUUUUUCUUCUUACUAUUGAAUUGUAAACAUUUUUAUAUAUUUUCAAAUACAAGUCUUUUAGCAGAUAUAUGAUUUGCAAAUAUAUCUACCAGUUUGUGAUUUGUCUUUUCAUUUUCUUAAUGGUGUCUUUUGAAAUGCAAAGGUUUUUAAUUUUGCUGAAAUCUGUUUUACUCUUUUUUUUUCUUUUAUGGAUUGUGCUCUUGGUGUCAUGACUAAGAAAUCCUUGCCAAACCCAAGAUCACAAAGAUGUUUUUAUAGUUUUAGUUCUAACGAUAAAUGUUAUUUUGAAAAUUAAGACUAUUUGUAAAAAUACAAAUAAAUGCAAUUGCAGGACCAUAAUGUAUUUUCACCUGUCAUUUAAUGAAAUAUUGCCAAAUUGCACUUCAUAGAGCUUGGACCAAUACAUAAUUCUAACGAGUGCCUAUUGUUUCAUACACAAUCCAAAAGUGCACUACUAAGCUUUUUCAACUUUGUAAAUCAGAUAAGUUAAAAUGGCAUCUUGGCUUAAUUUUAAUUUGCAUUUUCCUAAUUAAAAAUGAGAGUGAAUCAUUUACUUUUCCUGCUCAUGAAAUAUAGGCUCAUAUCCUUUGAUUGUCUUAUUGACUUGCAACAAUCCUUUACAUAUUUGGGAAACUAUAUCUUUUGUUUACAAUAUUAACUGCAAAUAUUUUCAGUUUUGGGUUUUGACUUUACUUAUGGUUGGUUUUCUACACACAUUUUACAAACAUUUGCAUGUAGUAGAAUUCACUGUUCUUUUACGGUUUCUAGGUUGUUUCAUAUUUUAAAAUGCCUUCUCCCAUUCUAAGAUUAUUCUUUUAAAACUUUUCUUCCAUUAAUUCCUCUAGCAUUUUCCUGGUUUAUAUAUUUAAAUCUCUGAUCCAUCUUAGACUAAUUUAAUCCAAGGUGUAAAGGUCUAAUAUAUUGGCUAACUUUUAAAUCACACAGCUACCCACUUAAUCUGGAACUAUUUAUUGAAAAACCCACCUUAUGCACAUUGAUUUUAAAUGCUCCACUCUCACCAGAUUGUAAACUCCAAAAAGGAAGACUUGUAUUUUUUUUUCCACUACUGUAGCUUGAGGAGCUAAAACAAUGCUAGAACAUAAUAGGCACUCUAAGAUUGCUCAGCAUUUGGUAUGUACAUAUUCAUGUCUGUGUGUGUGCGUUAAAAUAAAGUAAAACACCAUUUUAACCAUU